CCAGGAGACGUUACCGGCGCUCUACCAAGCUUGCAAACGGGGAAGGGUGGUUUUUGAUGCCUGAUCAUGCUGCAGAGGGCGCUCGCUGGUUUCGACAAGCUGAACGAGACCUGGAAGACGCCAGUUUCAACAAGCAGGGCCAACGAUACAACGUGGCCUGUUUCCUGAGUCAGCAAGCUGCCGAGAAAGCGAUCAAGGCAUUCCUGUACCGCCGCGGAGCCGAGGACGUUUGGGGCAUUUCGUUGAUCGAUCUGUGCGAGGACGCCAAGUUAUUCGAGAUGUUUUUCGACACCAUCAAGGCCGAGGCUCGGCAGUUGGACAAGUACUACGACAUCACACGGUACCCGACGUUUCUGCCCGGCGGCAUCCCGGCAGAAGCCUUCGACGAUGUGGACGCCGAACGAGCCAUUGAACUGGCGGGCAUCGUGAUCGAAUUCGUGGGACCUAGAGUAGCCUAG